CCUGCUGUGAACUCAGCUGACUUGGCCCAGUGUCUGAGCCUCAAUAAUGGCCAGUAUCUUUGCCGGCUACUAUCCAUGUCUUCUCUGAAACCCACGCAGCGUUAUGAACUGCCACUUUACACGCCAGAAAGAGUCAAACUUCAUCCUACACGACUCCCUUCCUUUUCAUUGCCAUCCUUGGCUCAAGAGUCUCCCAAGCUACGAAGCUGUUUCCGCAAAAACAACACCGGCGUGAACAAGAAGCGUGUGGUGUUCGCUGAUGACAUGGGGAAAAAACUCACUGAGGUGCGUCUAUACACCCGGGAGUCCUUCUCCUCUUUCGACCAGGUAAAAGGGCCCCCUCCUGAUUGUUUUGAAGACCAGCAAAGUUCUAACAACCCUGUCCGCACCAACUUGCAGCUGGGUCUUCCUCAGCCCACACAAGACCUUACACGUCUACGAGACAAGAGAAUACACGUGGAGAAUUAUAAUGUUUCAAAGAACACCAUGACUGGCACAGUGUGUGCCAUGCAAAGGGCAACAAAUGCUGUGUGUAUAAGAGUGACUUUUGAUUCAUGGAAAACCUAUAAAGACAUCCCCUGCACAUUCUUGAAGUAUGACCCUUGCCAGGGUUUAGAUGUUUUUUCUUUUGAAGUAAACCUACCCCAAAACAAAGAUCUGAAUGAGCAAACUGAGUUCUUCUUGUUCUGCACAGUACCUGGUUUUGCACCUGUCUAUGAUAACAACAAAGGACAGAAUUACAAAGUGUGCAUGGAAAAAAAUGGAACAAAUCCUAGCCAUGGCUGCGCCAGCCGUUUUUACUCCACACUUUCAAAGUACCGGCCAAAUGCAUGUCCACAGGCUUCCAUGUGUAUAAAAAGAGACGGAUGAGGCUCAGUUCCUUAACACGUAUUUGUCCAGCAGAAACAGAGCAGAGGUUCCAACCUCACAGACCAAGGCUUAGCCCAUAAUUCUUUCAGCACUUUAACUGAUGGUACAUAAAUGACAUUUCUUACUAUUUAAAGGGAGUUUGUAAU